UCGUGCAAUUUUGGCUGUGAAUUACAAUCCGGUUGAGGCGUUAAUUGUAGCAGCUAUUUACUUGCAAACACACAGUGGAGUUGUUGUGCGGUUGUCGUUUUAAAGGAUAUUGAGAAAAUGUUUUUCAAGGAUCUCAUACCAUAUGCAAAAUUGGAUACAUUCAAAGAGGAAUUGCUGAAGCAACGUAAUUUUGUGAACGUCGGCGUUUUCACGUGGAUCGUCGGAAUGUUACUCAUGUGUAUUAUAUUUAUGUCACUGAUGAUAGUGAAGGUCGCAUCCACAGCGGAAUAUUAUCAAAAUCAAUCAGCAGCAUUGCGAACCCGCAAUAUACAGAGCUAUAUGCCCACAAGCGCAGACACCACACUGCCCACUGUUGUGCAGAUUGAUGGCCAAGAGGUGCAGCUGCGCACAGAGUUGCCAACAACACAUGCCGUACAGCCGCGUACGCGGCCUCUCAGAACACCAAAUCACAUCAAAAUCGACGGCUUAGAGGAGAUGCGUGCACAAGCGCACAUGCAACAACAACAACAAUUGCAACAAUACCACCAGCAACAACAGCAGCACGAGCCAGAGGAAAAGUUGCACGCUAGCGAACGCGCUGAAACUGCAUAUUUACUAGAGCGUGCCGAUGUUGGCGGCGUUGGUGGUGAGACUGCUGGCAGCAGCAGUUCGGUGUAUGAGCAACCCAUUUAUGGAACAUGGCGCACGAAAGCGAGACGACCUCAACCGCCACCGUUCGUUGGUGCCGGCGGCAUCGGCGUCGGUCCGUUCAGCAUGGCUGAAGGAAAGUCCAGCGCCAUUGACAACGGUGAUUAUCAGCCAGCCGCAAGUAUCGCCGAAACACGCCAGCGACAAUCGUUGCAUCUGUACGAACAGCUGCCACGACGCUCGUCCACAAUGACGCCAGUGCGAAGUGAACUGCGUGAUCAGAUACCACGCCCACCGCGUCUCACAUCACGCCAGCCAUCGAUGAUGCUGCACAGGCGGCAGUACAUGGAUAUACCGCUCAACUCGACAUAUAAAAAUGAAGAGAAACCGAAACCGUUUCACUUUCCGCACGAGGGUCCGCUGCCGCAGGAAUUCAAAAACACACAGGGUGCCGACGAGGAGCGCGGUGAUGUGCAUAAUAUACAAGACAUACUCCAUCAGCUGCAAUUGGGCGGUGGUCCAAGCAAAGUGCCCCCAAUGGUUAUGAUGCCCACGGGACUGCACAUUGCGGGCACUUUCAAGAAUCUCAAAUCCAGCGGCAUCGCGAACUUCUUUCGUGGCAAACGCAACAAAAAGCAGAUGCAAUUCACCAUACCCAUGCCAAUGCCAAUGAAUAUGCAAAUGUUGAAACCCUUCCCGGCGCCUAUGAUGGGUAUGAUGCCACAUGCGGCCGCCUAUCAACAGCGCAUUGCUAUGGAUCAGAUAUAUCCAUUUAAGCCACGAUCGCCGAAUGACGUAAAUCUGCUGGCAUUGCAGCAACAAUUGCAAGGGAAUCGCUCGAAGAAUAAGAAGAAGAACAAACAGAAACAGUUGAACCCCAACGCGAAUCUAAUGCUACAACAAUUCAGCAAUCAACGACCAUUCGCCACAGAACCCUACAUGGCGAGCUAUCAGCCAAUGUUGGAUAUCGGUGAGGCGCAGAAAGGGAAAAUGACACGCGUGCCUUUCAAAGUCAAUCUAGACAUCUAUCCAGUGAUACCGCCUGCAAAAGAUUUCAAGCCAGCUGCCUUCACUUAUGAUGAAGUCAAACUUGCCCCGUCUACACGCAGACCUCAUUUAGUACGCAAUCCCUUUCUCGACUACUACCACAUGCCAGUGAUUCCGUCCACCGCCGCCUAUGGCUUCCAUAAUGCAUACGAUCAACCGGCUUUCAUGCCUUUCCGCUUUCCUUCGUCAUCCGCGCAGCCCCAACUACAACCGCAUAUGUCGCAGUCGAGUAAUAUGCAAUUGACCUUCCCCGACCAUGUGUCGAAAUCUCAAUUUCAAACACCUUUUAUGCCACUCGAUAUGUCCCACAUGAGUAGCGCCUCGAGUGCCAGCGCUAGCGGUCCCGGCGCCGGUGCCGGUGCCGCCGCCAAAGCCAAUCAAAAUCAAAUUUUGGUACACUUAAAUGUUUUCCCAAAACAAAAACAACAGGCACUCGCAGUGCCGACAUCGAAUAAUCCCUUCUAUAAUGCGGGUCAAAAUAUAAAUCGUCACAUUAUCAUGGAGGAACGCGAGUCGCUGUCGCCCAUUGAGCCGCGUCAUCAAGCACGCAACUCCAAUUCUAAUUCCAAUUCGACUAAUUCGCCAGAACAACCAGUUUCGCGUAGCGACAGCUCAGAUCCGGAAGGUCUGGUCGAUUUUGAACAUCCUAUAGUGGCUGCGGAAGUUACAGAUCAGCCACAUGCGGCUGCUUUGGUAAGCAAUAAAUUGGAUGGGGCGGAGAACUCUACGCAUUACGAACGCUUUGAGGGACGCAGUCGAUUUCAACGAUACAACGAGUCAGCGGAUGUUGAUCAAAUGGCAUCGGAGGCCCAGGCAGCUUCGCUUUUUCGUUUCCCAGUGGAGGACCUAAUCAAAUUUCAAGUAGACGAUGCGUUGUAGGUGGGAAAGAGAAAGGUAGACGUUCAAGGCGCUGAAUUUUGGUGCUGAAUAUUUAUAUUACUAAUGAAGGUGCAUGUAAGUAUAUUUAAA